UCUCUCUCUCUCUCUCUCUCUCUCUCUCUUCAUAAAGGAAUUUCUUUCUCACUGGUGCCAGGAAGUUCAAUAUCUAGGUUCUGGGAUCUGUUGGAAGGCUAGAGGGAGAAAGCAAACAAGCGCAGAGCGGCUGGGGGCCAUCACAGACAGACACAGGGUCCUUUACAUAGUCACCCCCAGGGAAGAGGGGGCUGAGGGAGGCUGAGGUGUGACUCACUGCGAGGAGUCAUAAACAACUCUGGGAGAAAGCAGAAGGCUUCAGGGCCUGGGUUAAACAUUAGUGGGAGAUUAUCUGCAGGCCCAGGGGAGGGAAAGGGGACAAGUUACAAUUGGACAGUCUCCUCUGCGGAGCUGUGGAGCUGCCAGCUGCCAGGUCCCGCCUCAGCCCAGACAAUGCCGGUGGAGGAGUUUGUGGCUGGCUGGAUUUCAGGAGCUCUGGGCCUGGUCAUGGGCUACCCCUUUGACACCCUAAAGGUGCGGCUGCAAACCCAGAACACAUACCGGGGCAUCACAGACUGCAUGGCCAAGAUUUACCACCAUGAGUCGAUCCUGGGCUUCUUCAAGGGAAUGAGCUUCCCGAUCGCCAGUAUAGCACUGGUCAACUCCAUCCUGUUCGGGGUCUACAGCAACACCCUGCAGGUGCUCACAGCGACCUCCCACCAGGACCAGCGGGCCCAGCUGCCCAGCUACACACACAUCUUCAUAGCGGGCUGCACCGGGGGCUUUCUGCAGGCCUACUCCCUGGCCCCUUUUGACCUCAUCAAAGUCCGCCUGCAAAAUCAGACGAGGGUGCAGCCAGGGAGCCCCCCACCCAAGUACCGGGGACCCGUGCACUGUGCAGCCACCAUCUUCCAAGAGGAGGGGCCCCGGGGGCUGUUCCGAGGAUCUGGGGCCCUGAUGCUGAGGGACACCCCCACACUGGGAUUUUACUUCGUCACCUAUGAAGGGCUCUGUCACCAGUACACCCCAGCUGGCCAGCAACCCAGCUCAACCACUGUGCUGGUGGCAGGAGGCUUUGCAGGCAUCGCCUCCUGGGUCACAGCCACACCCUUCGACGUGAUCAAGGCCCGGAUGCAGAUGGGUGGUGUGAACCAGAGAGCGUACAAGGGGAUGCUGGACUGCAUAGUGACCAGCUUCUGGCAGGAGGGCCUGGGAGUCUUUUUCCGGGGGUUUACUAUCAACAGUGCCCGUGCCUUUCCUGUCAAUGCUGUCACCUUCCUCUGCUAUGAGUACCUGCUGCGCGUGUGGGGGUGAGCCCGGCCUGGUGAUGCCAGCAGCCCUGGGAGCCUGGAGGCCAGGCUGAGGGUGCCCAGCUUGCAGUGCAUGUGGAGGAGGUGUAGGCCUCCCCGGGCCAGGCAGCACACUACUCAGAUGGGGCUGAGGAGACACCUGAUCAGGACACUGGCGAUCCAGCCUCUGCACCACGAAUCUCAGCACGUUUGGUUCUGAAUCAGGAAGCACGGGA